AUGUCUCAGCCCAGCCCCAGCCCACCAACCGAAUUCCCCCUCUUCCGCGUCCCCCAAGCCAUCCGCGUCCUCAUAACCUCCUUCGCCGUCUCAUUCCCUUGCCCCCUCGAGGUCCACCGCGUCGCCGCCGGCCACUUCAUCCUCACCAACUUGCCCCCUCCCUCACCGAUCUCCCCCGCCGCCACCGCAAAUCUGCCCGGCACAGUCGACGACUUGCCCCUCCUCAUCGCCCUCCGCGGCACCCUCCACAACGACACCGACGCGCCCGAGCUCCGCGACCACCGCGCCGAGUUCUACCACCACAACACCUUCGUCUUCGACACGCUCGAACUCGACCUCGCCACCAUGCAGGACAUCUCGCCGGUGCGGAUCGGCUUCGGGUUCCGGCACCUGCGCCGCCUGGUGCUGAGUGACUUGGACCCCCGCAACGGGCUGCCAGGAUUGGCGGCGUUGGCAGCGCUGAAGGGGCUUGAGAACGUCACGAUCGCGGCGCGGGGGCUGAUCGAGUGGCAAGAUGAGUGGCAGUACGGGGUAGGGCACGAAGCGUUGGAGAGCUUCGGGGUUAGAGAGCAGGUUCUGCGGGUGGUGGAUCUGGUGGCGGUUUUGGUGGCUAGAUCGCGGUCGGGGAAGUGGGAGAGUUUACUGAGGGUUGAGUGCGGCGGAGUGGAGUCGCUGCGGUGUGUUGAGCACCAGGAAGAUGGGUUUUGCGAGGUGGAGCGGAUUGAGGAGGAAGUUGGGGUGGUGGAGAUGAGGGGUGUAGUUCAGGAGAGGGUGAGGAGGAUCCGACACACCUUGGGAGGGCGGCCGAUGGUGGAAGGCGUGACACACGACGAGAGAAUGGCAGUUGUGCAGAGGGGCGGAUCUUGGGUGGAGGAGCAGGAGGAUGGGUUGGUGGGUGCGAUUGAAGGGGUGAGUUUGUAG